GACAGCGCUUUUCCUUCUUUCCCUUCCACCCGAAGUCUCGCCGGUGCGCGCACGAGUCAAGCCUAAAGCGACGACAGCAACUGCCACUGCGACCUGGGCAGCCCAAGCGCCGCCACCUGCACACUUGCACCGGCUUCCUCCGUCUCCUUCCCUCCCGUUCCCCUUCCUCUUCCAACCUCCCCCAAGUCCUCACCAGUCGGCUCCGCCGCCGCCGCCAUGGCUGGUACGCGGGGAGGAGAAGGUCCGUCCGGAUCCGAGGAAGGGUGCGGCAACGCUGAGGAUACGUAUCAGCAUGGACAGCCUGUCUACUUUCCUGAAGAACUAGUGGACAAUUGGGUGUCUUUUUCUCGCCGCGGCUUGUAUUAUUGCUACAACAUCUCUAUGCGAGGGUGUUUGAACACAGACGCUGCUCCAACUGACAUAAUCUUAGCUGUCAAAUGUGACCUGGGGCCCGAAUUCCUGCGCAACUCGUUUAACUCGGGUGGUGUUGAAGUUACCAUUCAGUACAUGCGCAUCAUUCAUCUAAAUCAAGAACAGGUCAUUUUUGCAAGAAGAUUUCAGACCACUAUUCUUUCUUUGCUUAUUGGCAAUGACCAUUCGGAGGUCAGAGAUGCUAUAAAGUACUUCCAUGAACUACAAGUAUCUGUAGGGGUUGUCUAUCUGCUUCUGCCUUCAGUCUCUGGCAAAAUUGAUUGGUGUGGUAUCAAGUUCUCAACUUCAUCAGUAUAUGAUGCGACGACUGACAAAGAUAUGAGACACUGUCAUUCUUGUAAGGAUGUUGAUUUACUGCAGAUGAUGGAUGGUCCUUGCUGCAGGUGCAUGCUUCGGAAUUCUGUUGUUUACAUCCCUCGUGAUGGAAAAUUUUAUAAUGUCACAGGUUUCCCUGACAUAAAUGUAAAUGACCAGUUGCAUUUGAGAGACAGGAGUGUUGCUAGCUCCAAAAGAUAUGGCCUAUGUUUAACCUCUGAAAGCAACCCACUACUGUUUGCCAGUGGAAUGUUCACAGUACAAAAUUUCCUACACAAGUGCUAUGGAAAAUGGAAAGAACCUAGCGGUAGAAACGCUGUUAAGUUGCCACCUGAACUCUGCAGAGUAGUCAUGGCGCCAGUGUCAACAAAUACUUUGUGCAGCUUCUCAUCUGUUCCUUCCAUAAUGCACCGUAUCCAGUGUCUGCUUCUUUCUGUGAAGUUGAAAAUCCAGUUGGGCCCAAGAAUGCAACAGUUCAACAUAACAGCUAUGAAGAUUCUGGAAGCACUUACAACAAAGGAAUGCCAAGAGGAAUUCUCACUGGAAUCAUUAGAAACACUUGGGGAUUCUUUCCUUAAGUAUGUUACAGGCCAACAUCUUUUUAGCAAAUACAAGUAUCGAGAGGGCAAGCUAACCUCUAUGAGAAAAGAAUUGGUCUCCAACACAGCUCUAUGCCAGCUGGCUUGCAACAGCAAACUUGUGGGAUACAUUCAUGGUGAAAGGUUUAAUCUCAAUAAGUGGAUUGUUCCAGGGCUUGGUUAUGACAAUUGUGGUAGCACCAAAUCUUUCUUACUACCAACAAACAAUAUGUACAGUCUGAAGGCAAUAUCCAUGAAAAGCAAGAGAAUUGCAGAUACUGUUGAAGCUUUGAUUGGGGCCUAUCUCAGUGCUUCUGGUGAACAGGCAGCAUUUCAUUUCAUAAAAUCAUUAGGAAUGGGUGUAGAACUGCAUAGUGAAAUGCAAGAGGAAAGGAAAAUUAUAACAAAAUCUGAAGAAAUCAUUGAUGUGAGAAGCUUAGAGACAAUGCUUGAUUAUGUUUUCAAUGAUCGUUCACUGUUAAUAGAAGCAUUGACACAUAGCUCCUACAAUAUUGCUGGCCCUUGCUAUGAGAGGCUUGAGUUUCUUGGAGAUGCUGUAUUGGACCACAUCAUAACUGAUUACUUCUACAAACUAUACUACCCUGGAUGUACACCAGCAUUGUUGACAAAUCUACGAAAAGCUUCCGUGAACAACUGUUGCUAUGCACACGCAGCUGUUAAAGCAGGAUUACACAAGCAUAUUCUUCAUUCGUCAUCAAAACAGAUGAUUAACGACCUUGAGAAUUCUGGGUGGUCAUUUUCAGGCCCAUCGCAUGGUUGGGAACCUGGCAUUGGUCUACCGGAGGAUCUUGCAGAUUUGAUUGAAUCAAUAGCUGGUGCGAUUUACCUCGACAGCAAGCAUAAGAAGGAGGUUGUCUGGAGAGCCAUGAGGCGGCUACUAGAACCUCUUGCCACCCCCAAGACCGUGGAGGUGUACCCGGUGUCGGAGCUGAAAGAAAUAUGCGAGCGCAGAAAAUACCCGAAGCCAUCAUACUCUCCAACUCGUGAUGAUGGAGUUGGAGUGACAAGGGUGGUUGCAAAGGUGAAGGCUGCAGGGAAAGUGUACUAUGGAACUGGAGAAGGGCGCAACCAGAAAGUGGCGAAAAUUCUGGCCGCGAAGGCUCUGCUCCAGAAACUGAAGGCGGCAUCUGUGGCGUGAUGCUUGGAGCAGCAGCAUUAGUUACUUUAACACUUGUAUAUAGAUGUUUUUGCAGUGGAUAAAAUGGUCGUUCAGUACCAGCUUGUGGGAAAGGAGUAUUUCACUGUGUACAUAUGUAUGUCACGACCAUUUUAGUAUCAAGCUUAUGUGAGAUAAACACCACGAAUCAAGGAGCUACUGCAGGAAUUUAGAAUAAAGAAAAACAAGAGAGGAUAGAUCGAAGAUUGUGGAAUAAACACUACAAAGCAACGACUUCGUUAAGCAGGCCUCAGCA